AAUACACUUACCAACUGAAAUUCACUUGCUUUCAACAGAACUCACUGCUGCGCGUUCCACUGUUCGUCGACGAGCCGAGUAUUCGGUCAAGGAAAUGGCAGAGGGAGAUGAGAACAUGCCUAGGGAUGCAAAGAUUGUUAAAUCACUGCUGAAAUCGAUGGGUGUGGAAGACUAUGAACCUCGAGUCAUACAUCAGUUCCUGGAGUUCUGGUACCGGUAUGUUGUUGAAGUAUUAACAGAUGCACAGGUUUACUCAGAGCACGCUGGCAAGUCUACAAUUGAUUGUGAGGAUAUCAAGCUUGCUAUUCAGUCGAAAGUCAAUUUUAGCUUCUCGCAACCCCCACCAAGAGAGGUCCUACUAGAGUUGUCUAGAACCAGGAACAGAAUCCCAUUGCCAAAGGUAAUAGCAUCACCUGGUAUUGCACUUCCACCUGAGCAGGACACAUUAAUCGGUCCUAACUACCAACUGUUCAUCCCAAAGAAUUCUGCUCAGCCAAUGGAAGAAACUGAGGAGGAUGAAGAAACUGCUGAACCCAGCACAUCCCAGCAACAGAAAACAGAUUUGCCUCAACAAAGAAUAGAUUUGCCACAACAAACGCCUCAAGCUCAAAGGGUUGCAUUUCAACUUAAACGCCCAAAGCGCGAGACGUUCUAGCUUUUCAAGACAUCUCAUUGACGCCCUGUAAUGUGAAAGAAAUAGGGCUUAAGGUGCAUCAUCAGUCAAUAAGAAGAAAGAAAGAAAGCAUAUUAAUUGAAUCAUUGUAAUCAUUUGGACCAUUUGGUUACUGUUAUUCAGCCCUUGUAUACUCUUAUUGUUAUAAAUGUCCAGUGCUUAAGUCUAUUAUUAAGGAUUUGAUGUGUACUUUCUACUUAAUUGCAAAGGACUUAACCCAUGAGUAUAGAAA